AAAAAUAAAUAAAUAAAUAACCGUCGAGAAAAUCUUCAAUCUCGUUAUCCUCUCUGGACUAAAAGACCAGAGCUUGGCAAGAAGAAACUAAAAUACGGUGUCUUAUUUCGAAAUUCAACCUUCCAUCUUUGUGCUCUCGAAUGCUAUAGUUCUCUGCUAGCUCCUGUCAGUUAGUUAAAGGUUUUUGAGCAAUGGCUAUCGGUGGCUUCAUUUCGAACCGGAAUUUCGGUUCCUUUAUAGGCUCAGGCAAAGUUUGCCCAGCAGGAAGAGCCAUUUCACGUCAUAGGGGAGAGCGAUCAGGCAUUGCUUCUGCACGGUAUGCACAGGGCAGCAUCUUCUACGAAAGCUUACAUUGCCAAAUGGCUAAUGGUUUCACUUCUGGAUCCUCAUGUUCCUCAUUUCUUCAAGUUGCUGGUCAUUUAGAUGAAAAAAUUUUGAAACCAUUAGCCACUUAUCCCCAGCAAAGAAGAGGAAGAUGCAAGUGUUGUCUCUCUGCGGAUCCCUCACUCGGCAGUUGGCUUCGACCAAACAAGGGGAAAUGCCAGCAUUUCAAUCAUGUCAAGGCGAUUAGAACCCGUACUUAUUAUAAAUCCGAGGAGUAUGACAUAACAGAACCGGCAGCUGUGGACUCCAUGAAGGCAGCAGAGGGGUCAAGUGAGGUUGUUUUAGCAUCUUCUUGGUGGGAACAGGUUCCAAAGAGAUGGGUGAUUGUACUACUCUGUUUUACGGCAUUUCUCCUAUGCAACAUGGACCGAGUUAACAUGAGCAUUGCCAUACUUCCCAUGUCACAAGAGUUCAACUGGAACAGUGCCACGGUUGGUUUAAUUCAGUCCUCAUUUUUCUGGGGCUAUCUACUGACUCAGAUUGUUGGAGGCAUAUGGGCAGAUAGAAUUGGUGGAAAGGUAGUUUUGGGUUUUGGAGUGGUUUGGUGGUCGAUAGCUACAAUACUGACGCCUAUUGCGGCAAGAAUUGGGCUUCCUUUUUUGCUUAUCACACGUGCUUUCAUGGGGAUUGGAGAGGGUGUCGCUAUGCCUGCCAUGAAUAACAUUCUUUCCAAGUGGAUUCCGGUGUCUGAGAGAAGCAGAUCACUUGCCCUAGUAUAUAGUGGGAUGUAUCUUGGCUCUGUCACAGGAUUGGCUAUCUCUCCCGUGCUAAUCCAUAAAUUUGGGUGGGCAUCUGUCUUCUACUCAUUUGGCUCCCUUGGAAGUAUCUGGUUUGCAUUAUGGAUAAAAAAGGCAUAUAGCUCACCGAAGGAAGAUCCAGAGCUUAGUCCGCAGGAAAAGAAGCUUAUCUUGGGUGGCAAUGUAGCAAAGGAACCUGUUUCAGUCAUUCCUUGGAAGUUAAUAUUAUCAAAAGCGCCUGUUUGGGCUCUCAUCAUUUCUCACUUCUGUCAUAAUUGGGGGACCUUUAUUCUCUUAACGUGGAUGCCUACAUACUACAAUCAGGUUUUGAAGUUUAAUCUCACUGAAUCAGGCCUAUUAUGUGUCUUGCCAUGGUUGACCAUGGCUGUUUUUGCAAAUAUAGGAGGAUGGAUUGCCGACACGCUUGUGAGCAGAGGUCUAUCUAUCACAACAGUUCGGAAGAUCAUGCAAUCAAUUGGGUUUUUAGGCCCGGCCUUCUUCCUUACACAGCUCAGCCACGUCAGGACUCCUGCUAUGGCUGUACUCUGCAUGGCAUGCAGUCAGGGGUCUGACGCUUUCUCACAGUCCGGUCUCUAUUCCAAUCACCAAGAUAUUGGCCCCCGUUAUGCUGGAGUUCUGUUAGGACUAUCAAAUACUGCAGGAGUGCUUGCAGGUGUCUUUGGUACUGCUGCAACUGGAUACAUACUCCAAAGAGGAUCUUGGGAUGAUGUGUUUAAGGUGGCCGUCGCGCUUUAUAUCAUAGGCACAGUAGUCUGGAACCUUUUUUCAACUGGAGAGAAAAUUCUUGACUAGAAUAAUAUAAGAAUGGGGAAAGAUGCCAUCUACAUGACUAAGGAGGCCAAAGUAUAAAGCGACAGGAGCACCCAAAAAGGACAUAUGUAGCACACGUGCGAGGAUAAAAGUCCUGAUGAAUAAUUAAAGGCUAGGAUGCCCCAAUGCAUCGAAGUUUUCCUACCAUCUCUGAGGCCCUUAAUAUGCUGCAGACAUGUUUUGGGGUUGGUUUAAAAACCUCUUCAUAGGUUGAUUUCCUUUUCUUUCCUUGUCAAGAAAAAUGUCCUCUCCUCUCCUCUCCUUUCCUUUGAAUUAAUACAUGUUUACAAGGUUCUGAUGUAGAGGAUGGGCAAUUUUUGCUCAUAUACCUACCUA